AUGGUUAUACUACACAAGGGUGACUACGUAUGGUACGACGAUGAGGGGGCCAGUGGGGAGUUUGAUUUGUCCGUAGGGGGUGUGGUCAGCCAUGUUGACCACACCAGAGUCUGCAUUAGGACUGACGACAAUAAGGAACUAGUGUUGACCUCCGAGCGCCAAAGGUCAAAGGUCAGACAGAUGCACGUGACCUCGAUUGAAGGGGUCGAAGAUAUGAUUCAACUCGGUGACCUCAACGUGGCCGGGAUUUUGAGGAAUCUUCUUUUGAGAUAUCGAGACGAUUUGAUUUACACGUACACGGGUUCCAUUUUGGUGGCCGUCAAUCCAUACAAAACUCUGUCAAUUUACGGCAGUGAACAAAUCGAGAUUAUAAAGGCAGGAAGAUUGGAGAGUUACCACCGCACAUAUUUGCUGUUGGUUGGUGACAAUUCCUACCACAACAUGCAGAGGUACAAUCUGGAUCAGUGUAUCAUAAUCAGCGGUGAGUCAGGAGCUGGAAAGACUGAAAGCACGAAAUUAAUUCUACAAUUUUUGGCUGCUGUUAGCGGCCAGCAUUCGUGGAUUGAACAGCAAAUAUUGGAGGCUAAUCCGGUGAUGGAAGCAUUCGGAAACGCAAAAACAGUGAAGAACGAUAAUUCAAGUCGAUUCGGAAAGUACAUAGAUAUAAAUUUCGACGAUCGUGGAACUAUUUCCGGCGCGCGCAUAGAACAAUAUUUACUGGAAAAAUCUAGGAUCGUCUAUCAGAAUCACGAUGAGAGAAACUACCAUAUAUUCUACUGCUUGCUUGCGGGUCUCUCAAAUGAUGAGAAGAGGAGACUGGAUCUGAAGAGCGCUCAAGACUAUUACUAUCUCGUACAGGGCGGUGACGUCACGUGUGACGGAAGAGACGAUUCGAAGGAGUUCUUCGGCGUCUGUUCGUCCAUGAAAGUCUUAAUGUUUACAGAUGAUAACAUAGCCGAUAUCAUUAAGAACAUGGACGCCACUGAGUUGGUCGGUGUCGAUUCAUUAAAUAAGGCUUGUAAGCUCUUACAGUUGGACUCCACCCAUCUCCACUCGGCCCUGACCACACGGACAAUACUGACCAGAGGUGAAUCGGUGAUUACCACGAUGACCAGCCAGACCAGCGCAGACGUCAAAGACGCCUUUGUUAAAGGUGUCUACGGACGAAUGUUUGUCUGGAUUGUUGACCGGGUUAACGAAGCCAUCUGCAAGCCAACGAGAUCCAUUGGAGUCUUGGAUAUUUUUGGAUUUGAAAACUUCGAUAAUAAUAGCUUCGAGCAGCUCUGCAUCAACUUCGCCAAUGAGAACUUGCAGCAGUUCUUUGUUCAGCACAUUUUCAAACUGGAGCAGGAGGAGUACAACCAUGAGAUGAUAAACUGGAGAACGAUAGAGUUCAUCGACAACCAAGAUGUCCUUGACCUUAUUGCUGUCAAACCGCUGAAUCUGUUGGCGUUGGUCGAUGAGGAGAGUAAAUUUCCGAAAGGCACGGACAUGACGCUACUAUCGAAGCAGCAUCAGCAGCACCGCAGCAACAGCAACUACUACAAGCCGAAAUCCGAGCAUGACUGCUCCUUCGGUAUCAAACAUUUCGCCGGCGUUGUCUUCUAUGACGCCAGGGGUUUCCUGGAAAAGAACAGAGAUACGUUCAGCCUUGACCUCCUCCACGUCAUCCAAUCAUCCUCCUUCAAAUUUCUCGUUGACCUCUUUAAGAAAGAUUUAUCUAUUGGUGUUGAAACCCGCAAGAAAUCUCCAACACUUGGCUUCCAGUUCAAGAGAUCUUUAGAGUCCCUGAUGAGGGCACUGAACAGCUGCCAGCCAUUUUUUAUAAGAUGCAUCAAGCCUAACGAAGUUAAAAAACCGAUGACAUUCGAUAAGGAAUUAUGCGUGAGGCAGUUGCGCUACUCAGGAAUGAUGGAGACCAUCAGAAUCAGGAGGGCUGGGUAUCCCAUCAGGCAUCUGUUCCGGAAUUUUGUGGAAAGAUAUCGAGUUUUGUUGCCUAGCAACUUGUCUCACACGUUAACGCGUGAUAAUAAUGAUGACGAGAUGAUGAAGAAGAUGGCGAUGAUGAUAUGCACUGCUGCCCUAGGAGAGAUGGAUUACCAACUGGGUAGAACUAAAGUCUUUCUUAAGGUUUCUUUGCUGAUUGUUAGAGACAAAUUUCUUUUACAGGAUGCACAAGACGUCCAAUUAGAACAAGAGAGAGAGAAAAGAACGAAGAGUAAAAUAAUUCUCAUCCAAUCAGCGAUCAGAAUGUGGAGAGAGAGAAUGAGGUUCAGGAGGGUGCAGUACGCAUGCGUGGUCGUCCAGAAAUAUUUAAGGGCCCUGGUUGCAAAAAAGAGAUAUGAAAAGAUGAAGAAUGGUUAUUUGAGACUGCAGGCUCUCUGCAGGUCUCGCGUCCUGGCCUCACAUUUUGUCUUCAUGAGGUCGAGGAUUAUGUCUGUACAGAGAAUUUCCAGAAGUUAUUUAGAGAAGCGUACCCACCGACAGCGUUUGAAGGGCGUCAUCGUCCUCCAGGCAGGGGUCAGGAUGCUUCUAGCUCGAUCUCUCUAUCAGAGGAUGAAAAGAGAGCACCAGAAAAAGUUGGCAUCGUACGAGCAGAUGUUGUCGGAAGAGGGAGUGAUGAGGAAGAAGAUGCCGGCUGAGAGGGCUAGGCAGGAAGCUGAGAGGCUGCACAAGGAACGCCUCAGACGAAUCGCCAUGGAAACUGAACAGGAAGAAGGUCUCAUCCAAUCAGAAGCGGCCAGCAAGAUGCUGAUGAUAGAGAGAGCGGAGAAAAGAAGGAAAGACCCGAUUGACGAUUCUAAAAUCGUCGACGAAAUGUUCGGUUUCAUCGACACUCAAAGUAACAUCUCUGGAUUUUCUGGUGGGGUGGGGCCCAAUAAAGAGGGCGCUAGUAGAGGGGGCAUGGCCAAUGAGGCCCCUUUGGCUUUUAGGAGGGAAAACUUUGCUGAUGGUGACGACGACGACGACACCGAUGACGUCGCGAAAUAUCGAUUUUCCAAAUUCGCCGCCACCUACUUUCAAGAAAAUUCGCCAACGAGUUUUGUGCGGAAGGUUUUGAAGCAGCCACUCCUGCCACUGAAAAGCGAAGGCGACCAAUUGGCAGCUUUGGCUGUUUGGGUGACAAUUUUAAGAUUUAUGGGAGAUCUACCGGAGCCUAAGUUCCCGAGCUCGUUAAAUGAACAAGACACCACGCCUGUGAUGACGAAAAUUUACUCCACGCUCGGUCGGAAGUUCAACCGGAAAGACAUCGAACUUGCCCAGAAGAUGGGCAUGGAACUUGAAAAAGAACCGAUGCAAACUGGGAGAGAUGGGAAGACAAGCGUGAGGAAGAAAAUUGUGUCUUUGACAUUGAAGAAAAAAUCUAAAAUAACCGAACAGGUGGCGAACAAAUUGAAAGAUGGCGACUACGGUGGGGCCGGCAACGCCCUCCUCGAAGAUCGGCCCACCACCAACCUCGAAAAGUUACACUUUAUCAUCGGUCACGGGAUUUUGAGGCCGGAAAUUAGAGAUGAAAUAUACUGCCAGCUAUGCUGCCAACUCACGCAGAAUCCAAACAAAACCAGCCAUGCUAGAGGCUGGAUUUUACUUUCCUUAUGUGUCGGCUGUUUUCCACCCACUGAUAAAUUCGUAAAAUAUCUCCGAUGUUUCUUGAAAAGCGGUCCGCCCGGCUACGCGCCAUACUGUGAUAAGAGGCUGAGGAGAACUUUCGUUAAUGGAGCCAGAAAUCAACCACCAAGCUGGCUCGAGCUGCAGGCGACAAAACUGAAAAAACCGCUCAUCUUAUCUGUAACUUUCAUGGACGGAAGUACUCGAACUUUGUUGGCUGACUCAGCUACAACGGCUUACGAGCUCUGCUCUCAGCUAGCUGAUAAGGUUCAGCUAAAAGAUAGAUUCGGAUUCUCCCUAUACGUAGCUCUCUUCGAUAAAGUCUCAUCACUAGGAAGUGGUGGGGAUCACAUAAUGGAUGCCGUGUCCCAGUGUGAGCAGUAUGCUAAAGAGCAAGGUGCCCAGGAACGCAAUGCACCAUGGAGGUUGUUCUUCAGGAAAGAAAUUUUUGCUCCCUGGCACGACCCAAAUUUUGACCCGGUCUCCACUAACCUGAUCUACCAGCAGGUCGUCAGGGGCGUCAAGUUCGGGGAAUACCGCUGCGAUAAAAACGAGGACCUCAUCCUGAUAUCUGCCCAGCAAUACUACCUGGUUUACGGUAUGGAAUACGUCGAGGAUCGGGUGCAAUCCCUGGUCCCCACCUACAUCCCGGACGAGAUGAUCAGGCCCGAUAGGGGCGUCCAGUAUUGGGCAUCUGCCAUAAAGACAGCCUUACGGUCUUCUUACUUCCAGCAGCUCCACCAAUCAACCAGCCUGUCCACGAGCAACAACGUUACACCAACUUCGGCCAUUAGUUCUCGGAUAAGACAGGACGUAGUGAACUAUGCCAAGUACAAGUGGCCGCUGCUCUUUUCCCGCUUCUACGAGGCAUACAAAUUCGCCGGACCGAGUCUGCCGAAGAAUGACGUCAUCAUCGCCGUCAACUGGACAGGUAUCUACGUGGUAGACGAUAGGGAGAGAGUUUUGUUGGAGUUGAGCUUUCCUGAAGUUACAGCUGUGUCUUGUAGCAGAACUGGCAAAAUGCAUGGUCAAAGCUUUACUCUAGCUACUAUUAAAGGGGAGGAAUACACGUUUACGUCAUCAAACUCAGAAGACAUUCGUGAUCUCGUUGUGACCUUUCUGGAGGGGUUAAAGUCAAGGUCGAAGUAUGUCAUUGCCCUCAUGGACUACAAUGCCCCUGCUGAUCGACCCGACCUACUUAGCCUGCGUCGAGGUGACCUAAUUAUACUAGACCACGACCAAACUGGCCAAUCGUUGAUGAGCUCUUCCUGGUCCUCUGGCCAAUCAAAUCGUUCCAAUUUAAAAGGAAACUUUCCGACUGAAAACGUGUACAUACUACCGACAAUAACAAAACCAUCUCCAGAGAUAUUGGUUGGAUCAUCAUCAUCACCACCACCAUCAUCAUUAUCAUCACCAUCGCAAUCAUCAUCAUCCCACAACCAUCAUACCUUGGAAGCUUACUCUCUGGAGCAUUUUAGACCACCGGCCAAACGAACCCUUUCCAAAGCUCUGACGUCAUCAAAAGGGAAAAGAAUGAAUGAAGAAAUGUGGAGACACAGUAAAGAGCCAAUCAAACAGCCCCUCUUAAAGAAAAUAACUAAUAAAGAGGAGCUAUGCAAAGAAGCUUGCAGCUCAUUUGCUGAUAUUUUAUGCUACAUGGGAGACCAGCCAAUGAGGAGACAGAUUUCAGCGUACGAGCUCACUGAUAGGAUAUUCGAAGGACCAAUCAAAUUUGAGCUUUUGCGAGAUGAAACUUAUUGUCAGAUCGUCAAACAAUUGACGGAUAAUCCUAACAGACAAAGCGAGAACAGCGGCUGGGAGCUAAUGUGGUUGAUGACUGGUUGUUUCGCGCCAAGUUCGAAUCUUUUGAAGGAAGUGACGUCAUUCUUAAGAUCGAGAAGCAGUCGAACUGUUAUAGCGCUUGAUUGCCUGAGUAGGCUGCAGAAGACUUUGAGAAAUGGUUGUCGUAAGUACACGCCGCAUCAAGUCGAAGUUGAGGCCAUCCAGCACAAAACCACACAAAUAUUUCAUAAGGUUUAUUUUCCGGACGAUACGAACGAAGCAUUCGAGGUUGACUCGAGCACAAGAGGAAAAGAUUUUUGCCAAGGUAUUGCAACAAGACUCGAACUCAAAAGUUCGGAAGGCUUCAGUCUGUUUGUGAAAAUAGCAGGGAAAGUUAUUAGCGUCCCGGAAAGUGACUUUUUCUUCGACUUUGUUCGCCAUCUUACGGACUGGUUGAAAAAAGCCCGCCACAAUGUGGCGACUUCAACAACGACGAUGACGUCAUCGGCGGGCGGAAGCUUCAACAACAGCAACAAUAACUCUCUCAGUAGCAUCAGCAACAAUAGCAGCAAUGGCGGGGGUGGUUUUAAUAGUUAUCUUCUACAGUCUACCUAUCAGGUAAUAUUCAUGAGAAAGCUCUGGACCAACGCAACGCCUGGCUUCGACAUCAACGCAGACCUCAUGUUUCACUACCCCCAGGAACUUCCAAAGUACUUACGUGGUUAUCACAAAUGCUCGGUCGAUGAGGCCACCCAAUUAGCUUCACUCAUAUACAGGGCGAAGUAUGGAGAGGCGGAGCUUAAUUUGAAAGCCAUCAGUUCGAAUUUGAACGAGUUCAUACCAACCGACCUCAUUGACAGCUUGUCACCCCACGAUUGGGCCCAACAAAUAGCCGCUUGCUACAAGAAGCUUUCUGGAAAAACCCAGACUGAAUCAAAAGUGAAUUUCUUGAAAUGCUUGUACAACUGGCCGACAUUUGGUUCGGCUUUCUUUGAAGUUAAGCAAACCACGGAGCCGGGCCUACCUGAAUUUCUAUUGGUUGCUAUAAAUAGAAACGGCGUCAACCUCAUUGACCCGAGUUCAAAGGAUUUGUUGGCUGUCUAUCCGUUUACAAGGAUCUCGAAUUGGAGUAGCGGUAACACUUACUUCCACAUGACAAUUGGCAAUCUAGUGCACGGCUGUAAACUGCUAUGCGAGACUAAUUUGGGCUACAAGAUGGACGACCUACUGACAUCUUACAUCAGCCUCAUCAUGAAUCUCAGAAACCAACAAAAGAUGAUGAAGUGACGACGGCGACGAAAAAGAAGAAGAGGAAGAAGAUGCUGAUGACGUCACUGGGGAUGAUGGUGACGUUACUGGGAUGAUGAUGAUGACGUCAUUGAUGAUGAUGAUGAAAGUAAUGAUAAUUAUUCCGUCCGAUCAUGAUGACCGCACUGAUUAGCAAUAUUAACUUUUCAUUUUUCUACUGUUACCUUUUCACCUUUGUAUAGCGCACACGUACACACUUACAAACAGCCACACAGACACACACACGCACUCACACACACACGCACACAAACACACAUAUAUAUAUAUUUAUACUUUCUACGGAUAUGUUAUGAUUAUAGCAUUGUUUAUUUGGCUUCGAACGUCAUAUUCAAAUUUAUAUUUACAAUAA